GGGAAGGCGAGCGUCGAUGUGAUUGGGACAUACAUCAGCUUUACAGUAUUCGACACUGUUAUUGUCACACUCACGAUGAUCAAGGCUAUGAAAUUAAGACGCCGUAUGUUGCAAACACAAAUUACUCUGUUUGUACUCAAAUGAGCUUCUGCAGUAUCGCGCUCAAGCUUGGUCGAAACUUUGUACAGGGAUGGGAUGUUGUACUACGUGACGCUUUUCUGUGAGCAUUUGUCAAAUGUUCAUUUUGAGUCCUCUGACCUUGGUUCCAGUGUUUUCUUUUGUUAGCGUCGUGAUCAUCUUAGCAGUCGCCUCGGAUUUGAUGCUUCUCUUGCUCGGGUACGCCGGCCGUGUCAUCUCUCUGUCACGUGUCUCACCUCUGUUCAAGGUUUCAACGCUCUCUCUACUCCAUCCUUUCUGGUCGCAUCUUACUGCACAUUCACCGAGCUCGAGAGAAAGAGCCUUUUGACAUAAAGUUGCCUCAUCGCAGAGAGCGUGCCGGAUCCUCAAGUAGGUGAUGAAAUAAGCUCUAUCGAGUCUCUCAGGUCAAUUCUAGUGCUAACACUCGUUCAACAGCUGCCUUCCAGGUUGAUAGCGUCCGUCGGGGGAUAGAAAUGGAUUCAUUCGACGACCAUAGACACGACCGAUGAUCACGACGAUAUUUACUAUGGGACUUCUGCUCUAUAUUAGUUGUAGGAUAAUAUCAGUACUGUAUCACAGGAUGAUUGGGAUAACGGGACUAUCACUAAGGAGUUUUCGGUUCCCCACUUACAUUGAAUGCGAGACUUGAACCGUAAUCAUUGUC